ACGAACGUGAAAACGCAUGGCUGUCCCUACUGAUUUGCCGUAGUCAUAUCACGGAAGUUAUUUUGAAAUUGAUAAGAAAUAGCGAGUUGGCUAGAAGGAAUAACAUUGAUUGUGAAUUAUUCCAUCUGUCUCUAGACGGUCAGCAAUUUACCAACUAACUGUAGAAGAUGCAGGGCCGGCAGAUAAAACAAUGUGGCUUUUCCUCACUGACUCUUUUGGCCACAUUUGUCCAUUGUAACUGUUUGCCACACAGUACUGGUGGAAAGCCAUUUCCAGAGACCGCUAAAGAAAUUGCCAGCUAUGCAAAGGUAGCCAAGAGCAUCAUAGACUUGGCUGUGUAUGGCAAAGCCCAGAACCGCUCCUAUGAGAGACUGGCAGACUUCACAGAUACAAUAGGGAACCGUGUCAGUGGCUCUAAGAACCUGGACCUGGCUAUCAAGUACAUGUUUAGUGCCCUGAGGAAGGAUGGGCUGGAGAACGUACAUCUAGAACCAGUGAAGAUCCCACACUGGGUCAGGGGAGAGGAGAGCGCCGUGAUGCUACAGCCCCGGAACCACACCAUGGCCAUCCUUGGACUGGGCAGCAGUGUGGCUACACCCCAAGGAGGCAUUGAAGCAGAGGUGCUGGUGGUGGAGUCUUUUGAGGAGCUGAAGAAAAGGCAGAAGGAAGCCAUUGGGAAGAUCGUGGUGUAUAACCAGCCCUUUGUCAGCUAUGGGGAGACUGUGCAGUACAGGGAGUUUGGGGCAUCCAAGGCAGCUGAAGUAGGAGCUGUGGCUACUCUCAUCCGGUCCAUCACACCCUUCUCCAUCAACAGUCCUCACACAGGCUGGCAGGACUAUCAGGAGGGAGUGCAGAAGAUCCCUACCGCCUGUAUCACAGUGGAAGACGCCAUGAUGAUGGCCAGGAUGGCUAAGCGAGGCCAGAGGAUUGUGGUCCGACUCACCAUGAACGCCCAGACCUUCCCUGAUGCUGACUCCUUCAACACUGUGGCUGAGAUCAUCGGCAGCGAGCACCCAGAACAGGUGGUGCUUCUCAGUGGUCAUCUGGACAGCUGGGAUGUGGGCCAGGGGGCCAUGGAUGAUGGUGGUGGAGCGCUCAUCUCCUGGGAGGCCUUGUCUCUGCUUAAAGACCUGGGUCUGCGACCCAGAAGAACCCUCCGGACAGUGCUGUGGUCUGCAGAGGAGCAGGGAGGGGUUGGAGCGCAACAGUACUUCCAGCUUCACAAGGUGAACAUCUCUAACUUUAACCUAGUGAUGGAGUCUGACCAGGGUACCUUCACCCCCCUGGGGCUGCAGUUCACAGGCUCAGUCCAGGCCCGGGCUGUCAUGGCUGAGGUGAUGAAGCUACUGAAGCCCAUCAACACCACCACCCUGGAGGAACACGGAGAGGGACUUGAUAUAGAGAUGUGGAUGGAUGCCGGCGUGCCAGGUGUGUAGACUACCUUCUGUUGUCUGUCUGUCUGAGUCAGUAGGAGCCAGGUGUGUAGACUACCUUCUGUUGUCUGUCUGAGUCAGUAGGAGCCAGGUGUGUAGACUCUUCUGUUGUCUGUCUGAGUCAGUAGGAGCCAGGUGUGUAGACUCUCUUCUGUUGUCUGUCUGUCUGAGUCAGUAGGAGCCAGGUGUGUAGACUCUCUUCUGUUGUCUGUCUGUCUGAGUCAGUAGGAGCCAGGUGUGUAGACUCUCUUCUGUUGUCUGUCUGUCUGAGUCAGUAGGAGCCAGGUGUGUAGACUCUCUUCUGUCUGAGUCGGUAGGAGCCAGGUGUGUAGACUACCUUCUGUCUGAGUCAGUAGGAGCCAGGUGUGUAGACUACCUUCUGUUGUCUGUCGGUCUGAGUCAGUAGGAGCCAGGUGUGUAGACUACCUUCUGUUGUCUGUCGGUCUGAGUCAGUAGGAGCCAGGUGUGUAGACUACCUUCUGUUGUCUGUCGGUCUGAGUCGGUAGGAGCCAGGUGUGUAGACUACCUUCUGUUGUCUGUCUGUCUGAGUCAGUAGGAGCCAGGUGUGUAGACUACCUUCUAUUGUCUGUCUGAGUCAGUAGGAGCCAGGUGUGUAGACUCUUCUGUUGUCUGUCUGAGUCAGUAGGAGCCAGGUGUGUAGACUACCUUCUAUUGUCUGUCUGAGUCAGUAGGAGCCAGGUGUGUAGACUACCUUCUGUUGUCUGUCUGUCUGAGUCAGUAGGAGCCAGGUGUGUAGACUACCUUCUAUUGUCUGUCUGAGUCAGUAGGAGCCAGGUGUGUAGACUACCUUCUAUUGUCUGUCUGUCUGAGUCAGUAGGAGCCAGGUGUGUAGACUACCUUCUGUUGUCUGUCUGUCUGAGUCAGUAGGAGCCAGGUGUGUAGACUACCUUCUGUUGUCUGUCUGUCUGAGUCAGUAGGAGCCAGGUGUGUAGACUACCUUCUGUUGUCUGUCUGUCUGAGUCAGUAGGAGCCAGGUGUGUAGACUCUCUUCUGUUGUCUGUCUGUCUGAGUCAGUAGGAGCCAGGUGUGUAGACUACCUUCUAUUGUCUGUCUGAGUCAGUAGGAGCCAGGUGUGUAGACUACCUCCUAUUGUCUGUCUGAGUCAGUAGGAGCCAGGUGUGAAGACUACCUUCUAUUGUCUGUCUGGGAGAUAUGCUGGGGAGGCUUCCUCGUAGUCUAUUUGACUCUUGUUCCACCUGUGUCUCUUUGACCUUUGUCAAAUUAACAAGCCAUGUUCCCCUUCUGCAGAAGUGCUUUUGACCUUUUUAAAGAGGAAGUAGCACGUUAUUUCUAGACCAAUUGAACAUUCAGUUCCACAUUGUCUCUGUGGUCAUUUUUGUGGAAUUGAUCAGUUUCUCAAAUAACAUGUAUGUAGAAGUGAAAUAUGCCCUGUACUCUGAUUUAAAGAGAACUAGCGUUGCUACAGUAUGUCGGCAACCAAAUCAUUUGGUCUGACAGGGAAGAGGAAGUGUAUUAUGAAACACAUCCCCAGUAAUGUAUUUGUUGUGCUGAUAUUUGCUGACAGCAGAAACUUGUCUGUAGACUAAAUAAAGAGAGAGAGAUGGCCUCAGCCUACCAGCCUGUGUUAACGCUAACCUACUUCAUUAACAUGGGUGUCAUCCAACACAGUUGUUUUGGGAUCCCUUAAAGCUGAGGUGGAGAUAAACAAUGAAGCUCAUUAGGAACUGGGAGAGGAUGUUUUAGAAUUCAUAAAGUGUCUCAGAGUAGGCUAGAUGUGCUGAUCUAGGAUCAGGUCCCUCCCCGUCCCAUCCAUAUAAUCGUAUUCAUUAUGAUCGAAAAGACAAAACUGAUUCUAGAUCAGCACUCCUACCGUACGCUGAGACGCUUUAUGACCACAGGCCCAGACCUCUACAGUAGUCUAUUGUUGAUGAGCCCACGUCUCCCUCCAUCAGUCUUUGACUGUCCUCAGCCUUACCCAGACACAGUGUAAAAAGACUUGUUAUAACAGAUCAGCCUUCUACUGUAAAGGAACUGUUUCAGGAAUGACAUCACCUUAUCUCAGUGGAAAAGUAACUAUUCUGGGUGGAUGAAUGGUGGAACCAAGAGAGAGGGGCUGUUCACUGUGAGGGUUCAAAAAGCCACAAUGUUAAACAAAUGAAUCACCGGACCAGCUGUCCAAACACCUCCCUCUCAUUUCACAAAAUGGCAAAAAGUCUGUUUGUCCCAAAUGGCACCCUAUUCCCCAUAUAGUGCACUACUUUUGAACAGGAUACAUAGGUCUCUGGUCAAAGGUACUACACUAUGUAGGGCAGAGGGUGCCAUUUGGGAUUCAGACUAAAUGUAAUGCAGCCUAAAUGUAAUGCAGCUCCAUCCAAUGACCUUUCAAUACACACAUUCCUUCCUUUUUCCAGAGUGAAAAUGUUGUUGCUUUUUCUCUCUGUUACAGUGGAUUUGGGAACAUGGUUGAGACUCCAGUUGCUUCCCACAUCAGUACCACCAGUCUCUUUCCUAGCAUUGUCUCCCUAUUUCACUUCUGAAUUGUCCUUACAAAUCAACAUAAAGGGGAAAGGACAUAACAGUCUCUCUGUCAGGUAGAAUACAAGACCGAAAGCUAGAUGUUUAACAGUCUCUCUGUCAGGUAGAAUACAAGACAGAAAGCUAGAUGUUUAACAGUCUCUCUGUCAGGUAGAAUACAAGACCGAAAGCUAGAUGUUUAACAGUCUCUCUGUCAGGUAGAAUACAAGACCGAAAGCUAGAUGUUUAACAGUCUCUCUGUCAGGUAGAAUACAAGACCGAAAGCUAGAUGUUUAACAGUCUCUCUGUCAGGUAGAAUACAAGACCGAAAGCUAGAUGUUUAACAGUCUCUCUGUCAGGUAGAAUACAAGACCGAAAGCUAGAUGUUUAACAGUCUCUCUCUGUCAGGUAGAAUACAAGACCGAAAGCUAGAUGUUUAACAGUCUCUCUGUCAGGUAGAAUACAAGACCGAAAGCUAGAUGUUUAACAGUCUCUCUGUCAGGUAGAAUACAAGACCGAAAGCUAGAUGUUUAACAGUCUCUCUGUCAGGUAGAAUACAAGACAGAAAGCUAGAUGUUUAACAGUCUCUCUGUCAGGUAGAAUACAAGACCGAAAGCUAGAUGUUUAACAGUCUCUCUGUCAGGUAGAAUACAAGACCGAAAGCUAGAUGUUUAACAGUCUCUCUGUCAGGUAGAAUACAAGACCGAAAGCUAGAUGUUUAACAGGACAUAAGUCUCUCUCUGUCAGGUAGAAUACAAGACCGAAAGCUAGAUGUUUAACAGGACAUAAGUCUCUCUCUGUCAGGUAGAAUACAAGACAGAAGGCUAGAUGUUUAACAGAACAUUAGAUUUCUUCCUAGCAGCACCUUGGGAAUGUUCGUGUCAGGAAGGGCCACUGCAUCGUGCUGUUUCCAAAUGGAAACUGUACAGGAACCUGAUUGCCAAGCUAAACACUAACUGCUACCAGAUGCACUUAUACUGCUCUGGUUCCCCCUGCUCCUACUUACAUUCACUUGCAAAAGAAAUGGGAAAGCAUAACAUAAUGGCUUUGUAAUUAACUCUGGGUUUAGCUUUGUCAACAGUGAUCAUUUUGAGAAUGUGAUUUGAUUAGAAUCUCAUUGUCUCUUUAGAAGUUAGAAUACAGUAUGCACUGCACAUUUAAUCAGUCAUAAUGGUACGUUCAAGGACUCAGAGACACACAAACCAACCAACCAACCAUAGUUAAUACAUUGACGGUUUUGUUGUGUCUGUCCUCCAGGAGCCAGCCUGCACGUUGCAGACAGUAGAUACUUCUGGUUCCACCACACCAACGGGGACACCAUGUCUGUUCAGAGCCCCAUAGAAAUGAACCUGUGUUCGGCCCUGUGGGCGGUGGUGGCCUACGUAGUGGCUGACCUGGAGGAGAUGCUGCCCAGGUAGUCCACUAGGACUGUCCUGCAUCCCAAACGGCACCUUAUCCCCUGUGUAGUUUUGGGAGAAGAAUGCACUAUAGGGAAUAUGGUGCCAUAAAAAUGCUUUACUGUUGUUUGACCUCCAGAAGGGCUUCCUGCAGUAACCUCUCUGUGAAAUUAUACCCCACUCUGGUUAAGUGGCUAAAGAAGAAUUAAUAGUAUGUAUAAACCACACAAUGUACAAAAUGGAAUGAAGUAUUUCUGGCAUAUUAUUUCCAGUCAAUUUCUUUUAGAAUGAACACAUAUGUACUGCAUGUUUCAUGUUGACUGUCAUUAUGUCUAAUCUGCCAAUAAAGCUGUGCAUUAAUUAGA